AUGGCCACCUCCCCGCAAAACACCCUCGCCCUCCGCCUCCGCGCCCUCCACCAACCCGGCACCCCGCUCCUCCUAACCAACAUCUGGGACGCCAUCUCGGCCUCUUCCAUCGCCGCCUUACCCACAACGUCUGCCCUAGCCAGCGCCUCCUUCGCCGUCGCCGCCUCCCACGGCCUCGACGACGACGACCUCCCGCUGGACCUCAACCUCGCCAGCAUCCGGGCCAUCGGCCGCAUCGCGCAGAAACACAACAUCCCGCUCACCGUCGACUUCCAGGACGGCUACGCCGAACGCCUCGAAGAAGGGGUUCGCGAAGUCAUCGCCGCGGGCGCCGUGGGUGUCAAUCUUGAGGACUAUGGUCGCGAGAUCGGGGGGUUGUAUGAUGUCGAUGUUGCGGUUGAGAGGAUCAAAAGGGUGAUGAGGGUCGCGGCGGAGGAGGGGGUGCCGGAUUUCGUGGUCAAUGCCAGGAGUGAUGUUUUGCUUUAUGGGGGGAGUGUGGAUGAGGCUAUUAAGAGGGGGAAGAGGUAUUUGGAGGCUGGGGCGUGGAAUGUGUUUGUUUGGGGUGGGGGGAAGAGGGGAGGGAUUACGAGGGGGGAGGUGCAGAGGUUGAGUGAGGCGUUUGGGGGGCGGUUGAAUGUUUCGCUCAAGAGGAAGGGGGCGGGCGGGUUGAGUGUGAGGGAGUUGGGGGAGAUGGGCGUGGCGAGGAUUAGUGUGGGCCCGGGGUUGAUGGGGAAGGUGGUGGGGAGGGUUGGGGAGGAGGCGGAGAGGAUUGCGAGGGGGGAGUAUGAGUAG